AUGCGUUACUCGUCUGGCUGCCUUUUGGCAGCCCUCGCUGUGACUGUCCAUGCACAGUCUAACUCAAGCGAUGUCGUUGAACCUGCGACUCUCACGGUGCCUGACAGUGCACCCUUGAAUUCGACUGAUGGCAUCGAGCCCGUCGAUUUCAACGUUACCCAGGCCUUGGUGGACAUGGGAGUCGACGUCUCGGCACUCCCAGUGGCCCAACUUGCCGAACGCUCGUCUAAUGCUGCAUGUUCGCUUGCGUGCGCCUCUUUGCAGCUUCUCUAUGGCUCUCAAAACAUCGAGUUCAGUAACGAGGCCGGCUAUGACGCUUUCACUUCUGGCUACUGGUCGCAGAUCCAAGAGAAUGUGAACCCGUACUGCAUUUUCAAGGCACCGAACAAAGGUGCCGUGUCAGUGGUGAUUCUGCUCUCUCGCUUGACCACCUGCCCUUUUGCAGUCAAGAGCGGUGGCCAUGCAGCAUUCCAAGGUGCUUCCAACAUCGAAGGCGGCAUCACCGUCUCUCUCGCCGCGCUGAACUCCAUCACCGUCUCCAAGGAUAAAAAGACUGUCGCCGUCGGACCAGGCAAUACCUGGAAUUCAGUCUAUACUGCCCUCGCGCCCUCCAACUUGGCGGUGAUUGGUGGACGUGUCGCUCCAAUCGGAGUUGGUGGUCUCACCACUGGAGGUGGCAUCUCCUUCUUCUCCUCUCUCUACGGUUGGGCCUGCGACAACGUUGCCUCGUACGACGUCGUCCUGGCCUCAGGGUUUGAGGUCACGGCUUCACCGUCACAGAACUCCGACCUCUACUGGGCUCUUCGCGGCGGUGGCAACAAUUUUGGUAUCGUCGUCAACUUCAACCUUGAAACCAUCAGCCUGCCUGGGGCACAGCUGUGGGGCGGCACCCGUGUCUACCUUGAGGACCAAUUCACCAAUCUGGCUAGUGCUUUCGCCGGCGUCGUGAGUGAUUCCCCCAACGACGGCAAUGCUGGCCAAUGGGUUGCCUGGCUGGCGAACAACGGGACCAAGAUUGCCUCUGCCGAGCUCUACUAUGCCAAACCCAACGGCCAAAGUGCCGCCAUCUGGAACAACUACAAUGCCCUCACAGCCAUCUCGGACUCGACGCAAAACCGACAGCUGCCUGCCUACACGGUCGAGCUGGCGUCCUCGAACCCUUAUGGCUUGCGGGAGACAUACUAUGGCUUGACCGUCAAGGCUGACCCGUCGAUUGCUGCGCAAGCAAAGGAUAUCUUCUACCAACUCCUUCCCACGAUAGCUAACGUGGCGGGCGCCAACCCGGUCCUGAUCUACCAGGGCAUCACGCUGCCGAUGAUUGAGAAGAUGUCGAAGAAUGGCGGCAACCCGUUGGGCAUCUCCGUGUCAGACGGCCCGCUGUACCUGAUCCAUGUGGCAUGCUGGUGGGACAACGCUUCGGACGACACGGCCGUCUACACUUUCAUCACCAAGGUGUUGAACCAGAUAAAGGCUGCGGCGACCCAAAAGGGCAAGCAGAACGACUACAUCUACAUGAACUACGGCGGCGUGUACGAGGAUGUGAUCAAGAGCUACGGCGCCGCCAACAAGGCCAAGCUCAAGAACAUCGCCACCAAGUACGACCCGACGAAGGUCUUCCAGGUCCUGCAGCCGGGCUACUUCAAGCUGGACCGCGCCCCGGUUGUCGACUCGAGGUUCUUCUCGGGAUAG